AUGAGUUUGGUGGUUCAUGGGGUGGAGGUGGGGUUGAAGAUGGUGGUGGGGGAAGGGGAGGAGGAAGAGGAAAUCGAAAUCGGGAUUGCGUGUGAAGAGGUGGUGGUGAGGUUGGGGAGGGGCAUUGAAGUAGGAGAUUGUUUUGUGAGUGUGAAGGGUGGGGAGGGAGAGUUGAGUUUCAAAGAUGCGGAAGAUGGGACUGCACGGAAGGGCGAUGAUGAGAAAGGAGAGAAUGAGAUAUGGGAGGUGGAUUCGAAAAUGUUGAGAGCUGUUAAGGGGAACGAGGUGGAAUUUGAGAACGGGAUUGGGAACGUCAACGUCAACCAAAAUGAGGCUGGAAUGGUAAAAACCGAUAUGAUCGACGGACAUACACCAGUAGAUACAGAUGUGAAAGAGGGCAUCAAAAUUAUCAGAACCAUCACUCCAGACGACACCGAAGCAGCCAACGAACAAUACAACAAGACCAUCGAGAUGAUCCGCUCCACAAACAGCAUUGAAAUCUGCCGUCAAGAAGUCCAGCACCUCGUGCAAUCCAAAGCCGAAAGAAACUCCCACAGCACCGGCAGCCACGAAACCGUCAACGAAAACAGCAACAAUGAUAUCCGCGCCGCAAUUUGUUCUCAACUCCACCGCCAACCAUCCAUCACGCACCCCCCAUCCCGCUCCAUCAAAGUCACCACACUCCAAACCCUAGCACCACCCCAUAUCCGCGCCAUUCUGCACCGCCUCCCCAUGCUCCUCCGUCUGCUCCUCCACCCGCUAGCGCACUUCCACCCCGUGAAAAUCUCCUCCCUCACAGCCACCGGAUCUGGAAAAUGGAUCCAAGAGAUCCUCUCCACAAAACUCUUCAAAAACACCACAAUUUACACACCCCCCUCCUCACCCACCUCCCCCAUGUUCUCAUCCGCAUCCUUCGCAUCGCGCAGACCAUCCGACCCCACCGCCGCCGAUGACGAGUCCGCCAUUCCCAAAAUCCAACAACGCAUCAACGAGUGGCUCUUACCCGCCAAUUUCGUGCUCCAACUGGGUUCCAUUACUGGUCUUGCACAGGUCCCCUUCCUUUCCACAUACGAUAUCCACUGUUCGCUAUCCAGCAGCAACAUACAAGUCUACCGCACUCUCCCCUCCACCAUUGCAUUAAAACAAGUUGUGUGCCUCGGGGGCGCAGACGCCACAUUUGCGAUUCCGAGUUUUCUGUUGCCGCAUCAUGAACAUAUAUUACCCGCUCGAGCUGCCUCGUUCAAAAGAAGAAGGGAAGAAAACGGAGAUGGGAAAGUAGACCAAUCUACCGAAGAAAAAAGAGAUGAUGGAUCGAAAGAAGAUGAAUGCGUAGUUCGCAUAGCAGCACAUGCACAAUUACCCAUAGUAAUGGAUCAGGAGCUAUUAGAUUGGCUGGCGAGUGUUGUGAAGGCGAGUAAGGUAGUAGAAGUGGAGAGGGAGAAACGAUGGAUGGAUUGA